CGGGUGUUGACCUCUUGCUACAAUUUGUCACCUGGGCCUUGUGGCGGCAGGCUAGGCACGAGGACCAUGCUGGGCCGGACCCUCCGAGAAGUUUCUGCAGCACUGAAACAAGGCCAAAUUACUCCAACAGAGCUCUGUCAAAAAUGUCUCUCUCUUAUCAAGAAGACCAAGUUUCUAAACGCUUACAUUACUGUUUCAGAAGAGGUGGCCUUAAAGCAAGCUGAAGAAUCAGAGAAAAGAUAUAAGAAAGGUCGCUCACUUGGGGAUUUAGAUGGAAUUCCCAUUGCAGUAAAAGACAACUUUAGCACGUCCGGCAUUGAGACAACUUGUGCCUCAAACAUGCUGAAAGGUUACGUACCACCUUUUAAUGCUACAGUUGUUCAGAAGUUGUUGGAUCAGGGAGCUGUCCUGAUGGGGAAAACAAAUUUAGAUGAGUUCGCAAUGGGGUCUGGAAGCACAGAUGGUGCAUUUGGACCAGUUAAAAACCCCUGGAGUUAUUCAAAACAAUACAGAGAAAAGAGGAAGCAGAAGCCCCACGGUGAGAACGAGGAUUCAGAUUGGCUUAUAACUGGAGGAAGCUCAGGAGGGAGUGCGGCGGCCGUAGCAGCAUUCACAUGCUUUGCGGCUUUAGGAUCAGAUACAGGAGGAUCGACCAGAAAUCCAGCUGCCCACUGCGGGGUUGUUGGUUUCAAACCAAGCUAUGGCUUAGUUUCUCGUCAUGGCCUCAUUCCCCUGGUGAAUUCAAUGGAUGUGCCAGGAAUCUUAACCAGACGUGUGGAUGACGCAGCAAUUGUGUUGGGUAUGCUGGCCGGGCAUGACCCCAAAGAUUCUACCACAAUACAAGACCCUGUCAAACCAUUUACACUUUCCACUCUGACAGAUGUGAGCAAACUAUGUAUAGGAAUUCCGAAGGAAUAUCUUGCACCAGAAUUAUCAGGUGAAGUGCGAUCUUUUUGGUCCAAGGCUGCUAACCUCUUUGAGUCUGAGGGGGCCAAAGUAAUUGAAGUGUCCCUGCCUCACACCAGUUAUUCAAUUGUCUGCUACCAUGUAUUGUGUACAUCGGAAGUGGCAUCGAAUAUGGCAAGAUUUGACGGGCUAGAAUAUGGUCAUAGGUGCGACAUCACUGUGUCUACUGAAGCCAUGUAUGCUGCAACCAGGCGAGAAGGGUUUAAUGAUGUGGUGAGAGGAAGAAUUCUCGCAGGAAAUUUUUUCUUAUUAAAAGAAAACUAUGAGAAUUAUUUCAUUAAGGCACAGAAAGUGAGACGACUCAUUGCUAAUGAUUUUGUGAAGGUUUUUAACUCUGGAGUGGAUGUCUUGCUGACUCCCACCACCUUGCGGGGCGCAGCACCAUACCUGGAGUUCAUUAAAGAAGACAACAGGACACGAAGCGCCCAGGAUGACAUUUUUACACAGGCUGUAAAUAUGGCAGGAUUGCCGGCAGUGAGUGUCCCUGUGGCUCUCUCAAACCAGGGGUUGCCAAUAGGACUACAGUUUAUUGGACGUGCAUUUUGUGACCAGCAGCUUCUUAAAAUUGCCAAGUGGUUUGAAAAACAAGUACAGUUUCCUGUUACUCAACUUCAAGAACUAAUGGAUGAUGGUUCAUCAAUCUCUGAAAUUGAUAAGUUAGCUUCAGUUUCUCUAAAACACUAGUGAUAAAUAUAGCACACAAAUUAAAAUCACUUGAAGAUUUUAUAUUCGAGAGAAGUCUGAUGAUCCUGCUCAAUUCCUGUAAUUUGGUUCCUUGUCAACACGGUCGUUCGUUGGAAUCACCUUUUAAAACUCUUGUGAUACCGCUAAUUAUAAAUCACCUGUCAGCAUCUAUGAGGUAUCCACUAAGUGUAAAGUACAGAAUUUUUACAUUAACAUAGACACACGUUCGUGGAAAGUGAGGCAUUCUGCAAAAAUGUUCAUUAAUAAGAACAGAGCUUAGAGUACAAGUAAGCUUGGGGAUAAGCCUCUCAGAACUUCCACAUCUUUGUAACCAAAGUGCUAAUAAAAGCUAUGAUUUGUGCCUCCAGAGAGAACGUGAACAGCCAGGCAGAUGGGCAAUUCAAACAUAGUGGAGGCUGCCUUGGGGGAUGUUAAAAAGGCACAAAAACAAUAAAAUGGGAAUAUUUGCUUCUGAGUGCUGAACAAAGGAGGUAGAAGAGGUGCUCCGAGUGCUGGAGGAAGUGCGACGUGCUGGGGCACAGAGUCAUGCAAGACUGGGGUUACGCCCCUCUGGGGAUGAGCGCAGGUGCAGACGCUCUUGAUUGCUCUAAAUAUAGAGAUGCAGUGACUGAACGCUUUCUCCUGUUUUGCUAACGUUGAAAAUGUGACUUCUGCCAUCGCAGAACCCCAUGCCAAGGAACUAGAACAACUCCAUGGAACUCAUUCUCCUGUUUACCAACCACAAAGGAACUCGCUGGUGUCACAGAAACAUUUGUUGUAACCUAAGAGACCAUAUUGGACUUGAAACUUGGGAGGCAGUGGAGCAUGAUUUUAGUGAGAAAGUUUCAAGAUAGACAAGUAUACCCAGUGUGAAAAACUAGCAGAUAAUCUGGUGAGGAUGCCACAGCCUCCUCCCUCACCCCAGUUUUCUCUGUUACUUACGGUUUCCUUACCCUCUUCGUUUCUUUACAGAUGCUCUCUGUUUGGGUCCCUUGAGCCCAAAGGGACAGUAAUGAGAAUCCAUAUUCAAUUUGAAAGAAAAUUUUAUGAAAAUCAUUCAUUUCACCACUAUAAAGUUUCAUUAUUGGACUUGUCUUUGCCAGAACACCAUUGUCAUCUCGCGUUGAUCAGGUCUUUGAAUUUGGCACGUACUACCGAUAAUUGUAAGUGGGAAGGUGAAUUGUUAUUUAAUAAAUUCGCUUUGUUUAGUAAGGAAAAAGUCCUUUCUAAAUACAAAGUACACGCGGGAGAAGUCUAAGUGGCAGAACCUUCUGCAGGGCCACUGGAAUAUUGCAUGGUGGGAAGUUAGCUUGCCUGUUACUUUCUCAUUAACAGUUUUCUCUCCUCCCAGGAUCCUUCCACUCCCAAAUGGUCUAAGUUUAUAUAAAACCUUUCUGUGCCAGCCCCACCAGUUUUCUUAUAAAUCAUGACUCUGAAUCCCUGAAAGAGGAAGACAUUCACAAGAGAGAAUUGCAUUUUUUUGUGACAAGGGAAAACCAUCUUAGUUUGAAGGAGCUAAUAUGAUGUAAAAAGCAAACAAUAAAUCUUUGCCCCAGUCUUUUUUUAAUGUGUGUGUAAUUUGAACUGAAAUUUUUUCAGAGGAUAUUUAUGUAAUUUCUCUUACUCCUGGGCUCCUCCUUGAGCUGCACUGAUGAUCUGAAUCUGGAAAUAGGGAAGUGAAACAUUGACUGUUCUCACAUAAUAAUACCCAACUAGCAUGAAAUGAUACCUAAUUUGUUUCUCUUUCUUCUCCAUCUUCACCCUAAAUCUAGUAGAUCUCAUUUUACCAAAUCACUGUCGGGGAAUUUAAGUGGGAAAUAGCUUCUGUAUCUCAGCUAAUUAAGUCCUGACAUUGUUAGCAAUUCUGAAAGGCGAGGUUGGCUACAAGUGUAAGAUGAGCUCCCUGAUAAGACACAGCAAAACAAAGAGAAGUUAGAUUCAACCACAGAAGCAUCACUGGAGUGAAAAAAUGUGAUGAGAUCACACAACCUGCCAUCCCAACACAACCUAGAGCGCAGGGAGCAAGGGGGAAAGUCAGUGUUCCGUGCUGGCCCCCAACGUUACCAAGAAACUCACUUGAAACCAGGGAAGCAGAAUGUUCUCUUUGGCUCUUUGUUACCAGGUCAUCAGGAACACAGAGGACCUUGAGCCGGCUAGAAGAGACAGCCUGGUUCCAAAAAGAUUCUAAAAAUGACAAGGAACAGUGACCUUAUUAGGAGAUCACCUGUUCCUUCUAACAUAGACAAGAAAUACCUUUAGGAUUUUAUUUUUAUUUAUUU